CUCGCUAAAUAUUGCGAAAUCAUAACCUCAUAACGCGGUGUUUCGAUUGCAUGAUAACCUAAAUCGGCGAGUUAGCUCAGGGAUUUUUCGGCAUUGGUAUUUGCUGACAAUCAGCUUUUUCGAAAUACUUCGGAUAAUUGCAUUGUCCGAGCAUGAAUUCCUUACGUUCGUGUGUUAAAACCAUUAUUCUGAGCAAAGGAGUGCAUCGUAUAAAUUACGAAGGUCAGAGAAGCGUUAAGAGAUGGGUGUCUGCGGUAGAGAAAGACAUAGCCAAGCGCAAGAGGAGGUUACCUCGGCCACCGGUACCAAAGCGCAGCACUUUCCUGGACUGGAAUCGAUCCGGAGAAAUUUUCGCGUUUAACACAAGGUUAUCCGAGAGCUUCGACACCGAGAAAUUGGAGCGGGCCUUCACUCACAGAUCGUACAUUUUUCAAGAAGAACAACGGCAGAAAGAAAUGGGUAUAGAGGAUCCCAAUCUCAACAUACAAGACAAUCAAGAGCUCAUAAUGAGAGGCGAGAAGCUUACGUCAGAAAUUGUACUGAAGUAUUUAACCCAGGUCUUGCCACAGGCACCUGAAGACGUCGUAAUUUCACUGCACGAUUAUCUUCUCUCGGAAGACAUCUUAGCUAAAGCAUCUAAGCAUAUCGGAACCAGAGAUAUUAUCUUAACCGAGGAACAUCCAGUGGCACGAAGAACCUUAGCCGACACAUUUCUCGCGCUUGUCGCGGCACUCGCGGACAGUGUAGACGCGAAUCACGCGGCAAAGUUCGUUCGAGAUUUCCUGGUUGUGAUACUAGCCGAGAAGGACCUGACGGAGAUCUGGACUCCACCUCAGCCUACCGAAGUUUUGGACGCUGUUUUGGCGAAACAAGAUAGAUCGCUGUGUGAACCUAGGCUCAUCGCGCACACGGGACAGAGUACGCUUUUAGUGGUGUAUCAUGUAGGAAUGUACUCUGAUAAGCAAUUCCUAGGAUCAGGAUUUGGUCAAACGAUUCAGGAAGCCAAGGACGUAGCUGCCAUGAAUAUUUUAAGCCGAAUGUUUGGUCUGUCAGACUCGAGUAAUCCAAUGAAAUUCAACCAAGCGGUGAAUGUGAACGAAUGAGAGAACGAAAGAAGCCUUAUUUAUUAGAAAAAUAAAGUCUUUAGUGCAGCAAUGCAUCUGUUAACAGUCAUCUUGCAAACAAACUUUUAAAUAUUGUACAAACCGUUUUUAACGCAUCGCCCGUUAAGUUUAUUCGCAUUUGUGUGCCUAUCGUGAAUUUACUGCGUGUAUAUAAAAUAAAAAUAAAAAUUAUACAAUUA